UGCCACUGCGCCACUACAUCACCCCUGGCCAUAGGUGGUCUUCCACAUAUUUGACUUGGACAGAGGGGUCCUCGGUUGCACGGGCCUUUGAGAGCCACGAAGUUCUUCCGCCCUGCCCGAAAGAAGAGCCUGCCGCUUUUAGAAGGCGGUGCUUAAUCAGCGCUGGGCGGGCCGCACUGGCGAUUGCGUGAUGGAUUGGCCCCGCCCUUCCCUUCAUUUUCUAACCCCUCCUCUAAUCCAUCCUCCAUCCCCCCCCCAAUCCCCCCCCCCCUUACCGUUUCCUUAAAGAUCCCCUUCUGCCUUGCCAUCUGCUAAUAGAGUCGAGUCGAGCCGAUCCGAGCCGAUCCGGGCGAAGCAGCCGCCGUGUGACGCUCGCACUCCGGCUGACGAGAAAUCCCCGCUCGCGUUUCCUUGUCCUCCUCCUCCUCCUCCUCUCCCCGGGACAAGGCAAACGCGCCGGGCUGCCUGCGAGUAGAAAAAAGGAAACGGCAAAGGAAGGCACAGGCGGAAGAGAGAGAUUCGGAUAACGUCAGUCAAUUCAUUCCGCUUGACGACAAAAGGAGAGCCGCACGAUCUCGCAGAAGGAGUGCUGGUUGUGGGUGGGUGGGGAGGGAGGGGGAGCAACCUCGAGGUCCACCUGCAUGAGAAGGCGUGAAAAGCGGGGCCGGCGGAGUGGACACCUGGGCGGAAGGAGGCUCGGAAGCGACUUUCUUCAGAUCAUCACACGGACGGGGCUUUCUUCCGCAUUCCUAGGGGGGGGGAGCGAACCGGCGACACGCCGCGGAAUUGACAUUUGGACUUCUUACUGGUAACAACAGUCCUUUAAGGCACAUGUCGCCGUAGCAGGAAGAAGCCGGCAGGCUCCAUGCGGCGAGUCUGAAGCGAGAUAGCAACUGAAGGGAUCAUUAAGGCAAAAUCCUGGAAGCGUCAUUUAUGUACCGUUAUUUAAAGCGAAGAAGAAGGAAAAAGGAUAAGAUUUCCUGAAAAACUCCCAAGUCGCUCAACUCCGUUCCAUACAAGCAAUCUUGGAUCGCGUUGAAUUCCAAGUAUGUCUUGCUGAAACUGACAUCGCCCAUAAAAUAGCAAUAUAUACAUAUACGUAUAUUUAAGAAGUCCAUGCGCCCAUCCAGAGAUGUAAAAGCCUUGGAUAACAUGCACCUCAAUAGCCGUCUAUUAAUAGUCUUAUUAUAAUUAACUUGACCUAAUCUAUACCGAAGAAAGUGGAAGCCAGAAGACAAGUAGGUGUCAAACUUCUGCAAUAAUUUACGUCAAAUCCGCAAACUGUGAAGAGACUGUUUUUCUUUUUUGACGGGAUGCACUCCGAUGGGUUACUUUUCAACACUCGCCCCUGCCCCGUUUGACUUUUGGUGAGGACGGCGGUGUGGGAUGGUGUGACUUUUUUUUUUUUUCUAUGGACACAUUGGAUUCCCAUGGCUUUCCUCAGCGGGCCACGCUUGCUGGACUGGGCCAGUUCACCUCCGCAUCUCCAGUUCAACAAGUACGUGCUCACGGGAUACCGACCCGUCUCCUCUGCCAACGAGUGCCUCAAGAGCCUCUUCUACCUGCACAAUGAGCUGGGCAACAUCUACACGCACGGGAUCCCGCUGCUCUGCUUCCUCUUCCUGCUGCCCCUCAACAUCCCCUGGGCGCAGAUCACCGUCACCUGGCUGGGUGUUGUGCACUUCUUGGCAUGCUUGUCCCCCCAGCUGGGCAGUGUGCUCUACCACUUGUUUAUGAACCAUGAAGGAGGAGCGCCCAUCUACCACACGCUGCUCACCCUGGACAUGUGUGGCAUCUGCAUGAUCAACACGCUGGGUGCCCUACCGAUUGUCUACACCACUCUGCUCUGCUACCCAUCCACCCGCAGUGUGGCGCUACUUGCCUACAUCAUCCUGUCAGCCUACUCCAUCUACUGUGCUGUGACGGCACGGAGCAGCGUGCGCCGGUUGCAGUCCUUUGCCUGGCAGGCACUCUUCCGUUUUUUCUUCUUCUACCUACGUUGGGUUGGCCUUGGCACAGGCAGCCCCACCUCACUGCAGCAGUACUUUAUCAUGGACUUCCUAGCUCUGCUCGGUGGGCUCAUCAACAUCACACGUGUGCCCGAGCGCUGGCGGCCCGGCAAGUUUGACUAUUGGUGUAACAGCCACCAGAUUAUGCAUGUACUGGUGGUGGGCUCCAUUAUGUACCUGCACUGGGGUGUGCUGGAUGACCUGCUCUGGAUCAGUAGCCACCGAUGUCCAGUUGAAUGACCUUUGACCUCAGCCGAACUCUCAAAUCAAUACGUCCUUUGGUCCCAAACAAGUGCACAACAGGCACUCAAAUGAUGAAUCGUGAGUCCUGUGGGAGCUCACUAUCCACUUUGCAAAGCACUGGACUCUCCUUUGCCAGGCCCUGCACACCCAACACUUGUAAUGAAUUUGCUUUCAACCAAGCUGGUAAGAAGAAGAAUGGAGCAGCCUUUGAAGAGUAUUAAACCACAAUGAUGCCAGGUAACAAAACAAACCCACUCAGCACAGCAAGUCCAGGAUGAACCCACCUCAGACCAGAAGAAUGCAGUUUAUGGUAGAAGUAGACCUCAAGCCAGAACUAACUCAUCCAGAACGAGCAAGCGUUGGAGGGGUCUGUCAGCUAUGUAGAACAGACCAGUGGGAACAAAUCGGGCUUAGACAAAGGUCAAGCCUGAAGAAUCCUGUCCAAACAAGUCCUUGUAGAGUGAGUCUUAAACCAGCAGGACCGAGACUGAUAGGGCAAAAUAUAUAAGAGCCCGGGUUCAGUGAAAAAUAACUAACUUCCAAUGAAUCCAUGAGUGCGUCUGUAUUAAACUAGAAGGGACCGGUGCAACAGGACUGGACAGAUAGGAGUCAAAAGAAACACCACCCUGUAUGAAACCAGUAUCAAGUAGUCUAAGUGGACCUGGCCUAAAGAAAUCACACCAGAAGAAACCCAUUGAACUAAAAAACCAUGAAGGAGUCUGUCAGCUUCCUAGAAGAGUCCUGCGGGACUAAAUUAGGUCUACACAACUAUCAAGUAUUGUCUGAACAAAUCCUCCAAGAAUGCAUCCCAAACCAGAAGAACUACCCUUGAUAGGACUGGAGACAGAGAAGUUGGUUUUAGAUCAUAAGUAACUUGAAUGACCAGUAAACUCUAACCCGAGGCAAACUCUAGCAGAUCAGCAUCAAUCCAGAUGGAAGCAGACCGAGUCUGGACUAAAGAAGUGUGUCCCUCGCUAGGAUUAACUAAAUUGACCAAAUAAACCACACAAGUCUCUAAUCAGACCAGGAGAACAAUGGCUGACCAAAUUUCAAACCAGAAAGAACCUAUCUGCCCAAACAUAACCUGAAGGAGUCUGUCUCUAAACAGAAGUGCCCUGUGGGACCGAAUCGGGCCUAAACAAGUCUGAAACCAGAAGGAUAAAGCCAGGUCAACUCCACUUAGUGUCUGCUUUAAACCGGAAGAGCCUAGUCUGCCAGGAAUGGAUUUACUGGGGCAGAAUUCAGUCAAAAGUACCCUGUGAUGAAACCUCCAGUGAGGGAGCAGUCUGAGUGGACCUGGCCUAAACCAAAAAGUGUUUAAUUUGUUCAAUUAAUCAAACAAACCCUGAAGAAUCUGUGUGGAUCCAGAAGAACCCAAUCUAAACAGAAGAGCUUGUGGGACUGAAUUAAGCCUAGGAAUUAGGUUCCCUUCUGUGCAAAACUGGAGAGAGUCUGCUUCAAAAUGGAAGAACUCAGGGUGAAUCUGAUAUAGGAGAACCUACAUUAUGUCAAAAAAUAAUUUCUGAUAAAACCACCAUCCUGAUUGGUAUCUCUAUUAAGCCAGGAAGAAACAGUCUGUAGUGGACCACCUUCGCUAAACAAACAAUACCAAUAAAUAAACUUCAUGGACACCUGUCUCUGGCUAGAAGAGCCUUUUGGGACUGAAUCAGACCUAUAGAAGUACCAAACCAGAAAGAUCCUCGUAGAACAUCUUAUCUUAAAUUAGAUAAACCCACAGCCAGAGUCAAAGAUACCUUCGGAAGCAGCCACCAACUAGGAGAUUCAGUUCGAGAAGUCCUAGUCUAAGCAAGUCUGUUCCACAUAAAAACAUAACCCAUGAAACAGAUGUGUGUCAAACCUUGAGAACAAUGGCUGAAUGAACCAGAUCUCAAACUAAAAAGAAACAAAUACACCCUGAAGAAGCUGGGCUCUAACUAGAAUCAGACCUAGGCGAGUCUCGAACCAGAAGGAUCCAGCUUGAUCAAAUUCUUUAAAUGUUGGUCUUUAAACAGAAUCAGAACCCAAUUUGAUAGGACUGGAUAUAGAGGUGGGUCAAAGGAAACUUCAGGUGGGACCAGCAAUCAGGAAAUCCAGCCUAAGUGGACCUGAUCUAAGCAAGUCUGUUUCACACUAGAAGAAGCCCCCAAAUGACCAAGUAAACCCUGAAACGGUCUUUGUCAGAUGGGGAGAAUGAGUGAUGGUAUGAGGUUUCACACCAGAAAGAAUCCAUCUGACCAAACUUACCGUGAAGGAGUUUGACUCUAACCAGAAAAGCCCACUAAAGUAGACCUAGAUGAGAUUGAGAACAGAAAGACCCUCUCUAAAUUAUUUGUGAAAGAAGCUCAAACUUGAAAAAAAUCCAGUGAGAUGGUACCAAAUAUAGAGGAGAUUUAAAAUAACUUCUGAUAGAAACAUCACUGAUUCAGUAUCACACCAUGGGACCGGAUAUACAAAAAUCAAAGAAAACAACUGAUGGAAUUCUGAUUUGGAUCAGUAUAAAACCAGGAGGUACCAGUCGUAUUCCACAAGUAACCAACUUGAAGAAAUAAACUCUGAAAUGGUCUAUAUGAAACCAGGAGAUUACACCAGAAGGAACCCCCUCUAAAGAAGUCUGCCUCAAAGCAAAACUCAUUUAUCAAAUGAAGCCCCAGAUGAGUCUAUAUCAAUGUAUCCAAUGUGACCAAUUCAAAUUUUGAAUCCCAAAGAUCUAUCUGGCCAAAGGCCACAAGAAAAGUCUGCAUCAGGCCAGAAGAACUAACCCUAAUAAAAUCAGAUCUACACAAGUAAUCAUAGUCUUGAUGAAGCAGAUCUCAAUCCAAAAUCUUACCAAACAAACAAUGGGUUUGCCUCAAUCCAACAGAAACCUGACAAAACCGGUCCCAAAUCAGAUGAGCUUGUUUAGCAUGAUGGUCUCCGAUGUCUCAGAAUAGAAAAAGUCAACCUGUCUGGAACAAACAAACCCCAAAGGAGUUGGUCUCCUACCCAAAAGCCAAGUCUCUUUGGACUAGACCCCAAAGAGUGAUUCUGUGAUCAUCUUGUCAGAAGUAACCGUGGAUCGUUUUGGAUCAAAAUGGGAACAAGUGUUAGGAGUGGUCCUGAUCCAAAAUAGGUCUAUCUCAUAGAACCAGUUUGACCAAAUACGACUCUCUCUUUUUCUCACAUCCAAACACCCAUUUGUACAUGGUCCACAGAAAUCAGAAAAGUCAUGUUUGACCAGAGGAGAUUUACAAGAUUCUGUAUGAAAAUGGAUUUAACAGAGAACCCCUGGAUUAAUAUCUCAAACUAGAAGCCAUUUUAAUCUGGACCAGCACUGUACGAGUCUAAUAAUUGAAGUAACAGAUGGACUGAGUCAGUAUGGAUGUGUCCAUCUAAAAAGUGGUAGGACCCCCAUUAGAAGAGCGAGUUGUUAUCAAAUCAAGAAGAGCCAGUACUGCACAGCCGCCUCUGAGCAAGUCUGUAACCUUUUUGGAGCAGCAAAGAAAAAAAAAAUGUGUCGACUUGACAGAAACUUCCGGAAAAUUCAAAAUUAACUAAUCUAUGACAAGUAUUCUUAUUAAUAAUAUACUAAGCAGUGUGCUUUCUAGGGUUAGCAUAGCGGAUUAUGGGUCAAGUACUACCAUAGUCUCAGCAAGAAGAUUGAAAAUGGAGUAGAAGUGGUGGGGGGCCAAGUGCAAAACAUUCACUAAAACAAAAAGGAGUUACGUCCAGUAAUGGGGGGUUUGUGGGUGGUGUCAGUUACCCCUCUCUUAGGCCACAUGGGAAUGUAUGGAGCAGAAGGAGACGCACGAACUUGGCCAAAGUGGGCAUGAUGCAUUUGAGAAGUAUUAUUACUAUUAGAUAAAAUGCUAAUUAUUACCUUAUGUACAGUAUUUAUUAUUUUUUAGAAAUGCAAUAUAAUUCAGUAUUAAGGGCUUUUGGGGUCAAAUGCAAAAAAAAAAAAUGGUUUUAUUAUAUGAAACUAGUUGUGAGUUAGACAAAAUACAUUGCAAGAGUAAUGUGUAACUAAACACUCAGGCAUUCUUCAAUGGAGCUGUUAUGGCGGGUGACAGCUAAGCAGCAAAGUGGCAGGCAAGGCUUGGGUUAGGGUGCGAGUGGGUGCUGUCACUUACUAGAAUACUUUUAUUUUCCCGAAUCCCCCCCACUGUCACCCCUACAAAGGCACUCACUUGUCCUUCAUUCUACCAAGCACCUGGAUCCUCUUUAAAGGUGGCCGAGUAAAACCUGGGCAGUUACCCAAUGGAAGAUUUCUCAGUCAAAUGUUGACAGUGGCAGCUCCAUGGCGGAUCAUUACCUCACCAUCUUGAAAAGAUGUACCCACCGCUGACUGGAUCAGCAGUGUGUGAUGUUCUAAACAAUAACCCGCCUUUCAGAGAGAGAUCUUCCAUGGACCGGACAUCCUUGCAUUUGUCUCAUUAGUGGGACAUAGAGCUUCCACUGACUUCACAUCCAUCCGUCCCAAAUCUCUGAGAGUCCACCAUUGAUCUGAUAUCUUUACACCCAAUCAGGAGCCUACUCCAUGCAGGACAGAACUUCCACUCAUUACAAGUUAACACGUGUCAUGUAUUGGCUUGUCAUCUCGUGGGUUUUAUAACUUUGAGGAGAGCUUGGCCUUCAGAAAGUGUUCCUACUGAUUGGGAAAUAGUGGGUCCAUCACAUCAAUUUGUCUUCUCAGUAAGUUUGAUAGUCCACACUUCAGUUGGAGAAUCUCCACUGAUUGAACUUCUCUUGUGUCUAUCUCAUUAGUUUAUAUUCUUGCAUGUAUGAUGCUGAUAGGAUGAGCUUGACCUUCACUCAGAGAGACGGACACAAUCAUCUCAGGUGUCUGGUGCUAAUAGGUUCAGUCCACCUUUCAGAGACAGGACAUCCUCAUAUAGGAUGCUCUUGUGCCAGUGACAGAGUUCAAUCCAUCACAGGUUGGAUUCCAAUAUGUUGAGCCUGCCCUUCAGACAGAGAACUUGUGGUUGGAUAUUUUCAUAUCAAUUACACCAGUCAAGCCCUUCACGAGUCUUCCUUUCAGUAUCUGAGAAUGUCCACUGACUUGUUUGCUAAUCUGCAUCUGAUGAAAGUCAAAAUUGUCACUGAUUGGACACUGUAGGGUCCACCGAUGGAGGUAGGCUUGCAUUAGAUAGAAGUUUCUAGAAACAUUUAGCAUGCCACCUUUUGGAAUGUGGUUGCGGCCCAAAUUUGCAUUUUAGUACAACUACUUUGUUGAAUGAAAUGAGAACUGGCGCCACUGUGCUAGCCCCCUUUGGUUUUCUGCAAUGCACUAUAAUCAAGGAGGGACAGAUGCCCAACCAGCACUUUCUUCAUCCCAACUUAUUCCGUUUUAUCAAAGAAUGAUUUCACAAAGUUUAAUGAAAGGGCAAAGACAAAAGUAUUCAUUGUAAGACGGCAAAAAAAGAUUAGCUACUAUUAACAUGAACGCUGGCUCGUUAGUGAAAUGGAGUAAUGUGGGCAUAAGUAGACAUAGGGGGGUAUAUUGCAGGGUUUGCCACACCUUGCAGGCAGCUUAAAGAAGCUUGUUGGGCACUUGGGCACCAUAAGAGGCAAGUCUGCCAUUAGAGGCGAAGCAGAAGUGCUUACUGUAGGAGGUGGUGUAAAAGAAUGGGGCUGGCAAAGGGGCAGGGCUGUGCAGUAACAGCUACACCAGUGGAGAUGGGGAUAAUAGAGGUGUGGACUAAGUGUAGUCCAGGUAAAAAAAAAAAUGAGGUGGGGGGAGAAGGGGUGUGUCCAACAAUCAGAGGAGGCAAUUCUAAAGAGUGGUCUGGCAGAGUAAAAGACUUGUGGUAGCAGAUAAAUCAUAAGGAGGUGAGUCUUCUGGCGAAGAUGGCCGUGAUUGGUGUGUCUGGUAAUAGGGGUGGUGCAGAAGUGGUGCAUGUCAGCUAUUACAGGUGGGGUAUAAGAACCAGAAGACAGAGAGGUAGGUCCACUAGAAGAGGAGAGGGAAGGUUUAGCCUGAAGUCUGGAGGUGCUCUUAAGCUUACAUCCACACUACUGCUUAAUCUUUUGUCUUUCGUUCACACUACCCUUGCAUUUCUAACCCAAGAAAACAAAGAUUUUAGGAAAAUGCUCUCCAGAGUCGUAUACUUCAGAAAACGCUGGCUUGGUGUUACAAUGUGGAUGGAUGCAAACGCAGACUUUUAGAGACGCAGACUGUAAUCGCACUCUGAUUAUAUUUUGUUCAUACUACGUAUCACUUCCCACUCAUUAUAACAUCUCAUUCCGUGAUCUGGUCACACUUCACAGCCAAUGUCACAAACAGGAGUUUUUCUCAUGGGCCUUGUUUGUCUGCAUCUAAAUUGUGUUUUGUAGAGUCAGAAUGCUGCAUUCAUGUGCUAAAUGUAAUAAGUAAAAGACUAACAUUUUUGCGAUAAACGCUGUGGCUGGUGGCUUUACCAUCCCUUCAAAAAGUUUUUGCCACUGCACCCAUCACAUGUGUUUUUGGUUUUGGUUUGGACAAAACUAUUUUAAUAAACGUUGCGAAAACGGUAGCAUGGAUGAAGGUCGUUUUUAUGAAAUUACACCAUUUUUAAAUGAAAAUGUAGUAGUGUGGACGUAACUUAAGAAUGCAUCUGAAAAAAGAGGUUGUGUAUCAACAGCUGCAUGGUAAUGGGGCAUGUCCAUUGGUAUUACUGAGGAUGUCAAUGUGGAUGGGACAGUCAUGUCGGCUGUUGGAAGUGGUAGCAUGUAAAGGUACAGUUUGUGCCCAGUGGAGGGAGGGUAAGGGGUACAAACAAAAUUGAGGUGCACCACUAGUUGCAGAAUUAACAGAUUUGUUUGCUUUUGUCAGACCUGUCUGAAGUUUAGGCCGCGUGUGCAUGUGUUCCACCUUGACUGAAUAAAGCUUUUGGCCCGAUAUCUAUUGGAUGAAAGGUUAGGUAACUCAAGAAUUUCAUGCUCCAGGAGAUGAAAUAUUACUUCUAUACCCAGUGUUCUAGCAUGGCAAAGAUGACCCUUACUCAAAAUUGUCCAGGCUUUCAAAUAAAUCCACCAUGUUUAGAGGUGCCCCCGUGUGCCCUUCACUUACAGUAAGUAACAGUGCACCUCAGGAUGUGAGGUGACGGAGACAGAAAUGUGAGAUGCCCAGCUGCACAGCCUCAGGAAGGCCGCUGCAGAGCAGAUGUUGCUACAUCGGCAGCUUUUGCGGGCAGUGCAUUAACAAGGAGCACUUAUGUAAAUUUAUAUUGUGCAUCAGAAUGGCAGUGCGCCAGAGUGAGGGUUGAAUGACGACUGGCAUGUUGUACCUUGGCUGCAAAAGCGCAGCUCCUGUGCAAGUCAUUUUGAAACCUGCAGCCCAUGAAUCUGUCUGAACAAUAAAGAUGAAGAAGCAAAGCCACUUCUUCUUUUAAUCAUGCCCAACUAUAAAAGAGACUGACAGAUAUUCUGAUGAAGGAAGCAUGGCCUAACCUGUAACAUCUAUGCAGUAGCCUCCGGGAACAAAGGUUGGAGGGGGCCCAUUAAUACUCCAUUAACAUUUCCAGUUAAACUUUGUCUCCAGUCCCAUCACUAGGCUUAGUUUAAGCCAUGCUUCUUUCAGUAGGUCCCGUUCUUCUGAUGUGAAAGCUCAAGGUGACCAGUGUCCACCCCACCAUUUUCCCACACUAUGAACAUCUAUCACAGGAGGUGUCAAAAUUCACCGUGUUCCGAAAAAUUAAAAUCGCACUUGGACUCACCCUCAUUCAGGAGCAUCAAAUUCAUACUGGGUGUGGGCAGCAGACCAAUAUGGCAUUGGGGGAGGAAGAGUGCAGGGUCCAGGAGGUCAGUUGCCACCUUGUGCACUUUAGUCCAUCCACAUACAUCUAUGCCCAAUACUACUUGCUGACACUUUGCUGCAGGUCCUGUGGGAAAUGCUAAUUUGUCCCAGCAUUUAAACAAUGUCAUCAUAAAUAAGCUGUCAUCCACCUGUAAAAUGGAGAAAUAAACACAAAGUUUAUAUUUUUAA